AUGGAGUCGGAAGCAGAACUUGGCGAUGGCCAUCUUAGCGACGAAAUUGGUAUUCGUCGGCGAUCAGCAUCUAUCUCAGAUGACUAUUCGGUGCAAAAAACAAAUGAUGAUGCUACUGAAUGCAAAUAUAUUGCAUCUAAACUUAAUUACUUUAAUGAUACUUUCAUCCAUCACUUCAUACUCACUGGUGAAAGUAAUCUUCGUCGUGAUCCAGAGAUUUCACGUGGUUAUUGGGCUCGAGUAACAGCAAUUAAGGCUAUUGUGGAUGCAUUUGUGAAAUUCCAGAGUUAUUCCGGGAGAUGCCAAGUUAUUAGUAUUGGUGCAGGAUUUGAUACUUUAUAUUGGAGAUUGAGAAAGGAAGGAAAACAAUUCCAUCGUUAUGUUGAAGUAGAUUUCAGUUCUGUUACAGCCAAAAAAAUUAGACAGAUAAAAAAAGCUGGUCCAACUGAUCUUGCUGCUCUGUUUUGUGAAGAACCAAAAGAAGCAGAACAUUCAGACUUGCAUGCCGGUGACUACCAUCUUAUUGGUGCAGAUUUGAGACAGUUAAAUGAAUUCAAAGGAAAACUUGAACGCUGCAGCUUGGAUUCUGAUAUUCCUACUUUAUGUAUCGCGGAAUGUGUUCUUGUGUAUAUGGGAAUGGACGAGAGUCAUGCACUUCUCUCAGCAUUGAUCACUUGGUUCAAAACUAUUUUCUUUCUGAAUUACGAGCAGGUAAAUAUAAAUGAUACUUUUGGUAAAGUGAUGGUAUCGAACUUGAAUUAUCGUGGUAUCAUCUUACCUGGACUUCAUACUUGUGAAAGUUUGAAUACUCAGAGAAUGCGUUUUCUUAGCAGUGGUUGGGUGACUGUUGUUGCUAAGACCAUGCGGGAAAUUUACGAUCACGAUAUUCCUCCUAGUUACAUCGAGAGGAUUGAGAAGCUGGAAUUGUUAGAUGAAAAGAUCUUACUUUCACAACUUCUUGAACAUUACUGCUUUGUAAUUGCUUCGAACAGUGAUCAUGUGCUUAGUUUUGAUUGGCAGUGA